AUGGGCGGCGGCAACGUUUAUCCGCAGCUGGACCGGCAACAACACCUGUUGGGCAAUCCGUCACCAUUGCCAUAUACGGAACACAUAGCGUCGAACCAUGUGCCUGUGGAUGGCAACAGCGGCCUCCAGCAAGGAUCAGGAAUGGCUGAAGUAGCGUUGUGCGAGCCUCAGCCAUGCCACACAAUUCAGUGCGAUCAACAACCUGACCACGCCUUGCACAUAGACCACUUGAAAGUGGAGCAGAUGGCGGAUGAUGCAGAUGACAACGAUUACGCGGAUUACAUGCUGGCCAAGCAACUGUCGGGUACCCCCCUUCCGCUGCCGCCAGACACCGAAGAUAGGACAUACAAGACCAAGAAACAGCGUUCCUCCUUCGAGGACGCCCAGCGCAAGGAAACGGCAGAUACACGGUUCAGGAAGGCUUGCCUACGAUGCCGGGUCCAGAAAGUCAGAUGCAAGAACGAUCCCAAAAACCCCGAAGCGGAUUGCGUGGCAUGCCAGUCGUUUUCGAAAACGUCAAAGAAGACGAUUCAUCGCGUGUCGUGCUACCGAGGAAAGUUGACAGAUACAGUGCUGUACCGCAAGGGUGGACUCAAUCUAACAGACCGCUGGAACGGCACGGCAAUGAAGGACGUUGGUGACCGCGUCAACCCUCAGGACGUUCGCACGAUUCACUUCACGAUCGAUAUAUGCAAGCAACCAAUUACCGUCCAGGUAGUGCGAUUCAGCGCCAGACCCGGUGAUGUGACGGCUCGAUACUGGUUCGUACGGGAAAGGGGCCUUGCCGAAGAUGUCAGGAAAAAGAAGGACCUUGAGCCCUACUGCUUGUCUAACAUAUGGGACACGGCGAAUUAUUUUGAAACUUACAUCGUCGACAACGCAAUCCCAUCCAUGCUCCAAGCGAACCUGCCCUCGCAACACCCGUACGGUAUUGGCCGUCUUGCCUCGCAGGACGUGAUCAAGCGAACCUAUGUUGCAGCAGUUGAGUACUAUGCUAGUCUUGAGGACCAGGUAGACACGACGUCAGGGAAGGCAGCUAAUUCAGAGAAGAAGCUUCUUGGUAACCUUUUCAUCCUCUGGUUCGCCACAAGACACACGGCCGGUAGUGCCUAUAUCUGCGGCCAAGAAACCCUCGGGAUGAAGCCUGAACUGAAGGACGACACAUAUCCGCUCUACGGCAAAGUAUCCCUGCCGCGCAUGAUCCUCGCCCAAUUCGACAGCAUCAACCACACCAAGCUGCUUUCCAAGUACGGACGCAAAGUGCUUCAGGAUCUCGAGCAAUUCUUGUUCCGUAACAACGGGCGUUGGUGGUGGACCAUCUACCUCUGCGUCUUCAUACUGCUCCACGAGGCGAGCUUCAUCAGCGCGGACCGGUAUCGCCAUGCGCGGAACAACCUUGGCGCCAAGUUCCGAUAUUCCAUCCCCAAGUUCGUCGAGGAGCUGCAAGAGGGCUGCAACAACAUUCUCACGCACUGGCAUUACUACAACUGCAGAGGUUGGCCCAACCCCAACGAGCCGUGGGACCGACAUCAAAGCUUCCUCGCCGAACUAUCGUCAACGCAGUAUGACCUGGUCAUGGAGACCAUGGCGGACCCGCGCAUUCAGCGACAGCUCGAUGUGUGGAAGCGCUACAAGCUUGAGAAUGGCCACGUCGAGCGCCCCGAGUCGCAAGUCACGGCAGCUCAGACGCUGUAUGUGGGCACGCAGGCCCAGUUUGACUGGGAUCACCCUUUCUACUGGAUCUCGCAGAUUUUUGAGGAGGACUGGGCGGCUCAUCCGACCUACCAGCGCGAGUAUGUGUGCUAG